UUUUUUGCUCGAUGCCCAGUGGAAACCGAAUCGUCAUCUUUCGGGCCAUCAUCGUCUGACUGUCCCCUUCUCCUCCUUUCUGAUAUUCUCUCUCGAUGUCUUCUUACUGAGGUCAUUGUUGCCCGUUUAUCGUGCCAUUGUUUCUUUUGUGCCGCCUCCCAACUACCCAAAGAACAAAUGAGUGGCCGUUUUUUGUCUCAUAAACUCUUGUCUUCGAAUAGCGACGAGUUCAUUGUGUGUUCGUGACUACCCUCUCACGAAACAUCUUCAAACCUCGACUUAUUUCUACCUCUUUGUAUGCCCUACCCGAGAAGCGUCUCGGUGUCUCUUGACUCCCUUUUGUCAUACUCCCCGGUUGACACAACCCGUUAUCUGACUCUCCGACUUACACGCCUUCCCACACGCGCCCGUAUUCCGCGCGAGCGCUGCAACGCCAGCGAGAAACGCAUAGCUGAAAGACGAAUUUAAUCGCUGUACAUCACAUCGAGCUCGACCAUGGCGAGGUUACGAAAAUGCACACGAGCCACGGUGCUCUCGAUCCUCUUCGCCUCCGCCCAGGUCGCCUCCAUCCCGUCAGUCUUCGGGCGACAGGACUCAUGCGCUGCCGACGGCUUCUCCGCCUGCGGCAACGGCCUCCCCAACAGCUUUUGCUGCGGGACAGGCACUAAAUGUAUCACUCUGGCUGGAAACACCACCAUACUCUGCUGUCCGGAGGGAAGCAGUUGUGACAGGAUAUCCCCCAUCACCUGCAACGUCAACCUGCAGGACCCCGCGGUACACCCCGAUGCGCAGAUCAAGACAACGGCGCUCAAGGCCAAGCUCGGUACUUGCGGCGAAAACAAGUGCUGCCCCUUCGGAUACACCUGCAAUAGCUUUCAGCAGUGUGUGAUGGAAUCAGACCAGACCAAGGAGCCCGAGGUCGUGGUCACCUCCACCCCCGGCCCGACGUCCACCGGCACCGCUCCAACCGUCAUCCCCACCACCAUCGCUGCCAGCGCAGCUCCCAGCGGCGAUGACAAGAACGACAACAGUUUCCCAACCGCCAUCGUCAUCGGCGUUCUCUGCGGCGUGCUGGUCGGUGUCGGCCUUGGCGUUGCCCUCCUCCUCUUCCUUGCCCGCCGCCGCCGCCGCCGCAAUGCCCCUCUCCAGACCGAGAAGAAGCGCAGCGGGGCCCCGCGGCCCUCGACGUCGACGUCGUCCUUUGGCAACAUCAUCUCCGAGCCCAUCCCCAUGUCCGACUCUACCGUCCGGACCGACUUCAUCCUCAAGACGCCGUCGACGGUCAACUCCCGCAGCUCCACCACGUCCCCGACGCCUCGUGGGGCCGGCGGGAACGGGUACGGUUACCACACCCGUCUAUCGUCGACGGCAACGACACUGGCGCACCACCCCAUCGGCCUCGCCCGCAGCGACUCCGGCCUGCGGACGCCGCCCAACACCACCACGCUCGAGCGGGGCGUUCCCGUCCCGCCCAUCCGCGGCAUGCGUCCCAACUCCGGGUCGCGGCGGCACCACCCUUCCAAGGUUCCGAGCCCACUCUUACCGCCGAAGCCGGGGUAUGUCCAGCGCGAGCCGAGCAGUGAGAGCAUCAACGUGUUCGCAGACCCGCGGACUGUCGGCGGCGAUAGGCCCGGGGCGAAGAGGAUUACCACUUUCACGGACAUGAUGGAGGAGGCGGAGCUCGGUGAGGUUAGAAGGGGGAAGCCCUAUGUGCCGCAGACGCCGCAGAUGCCGUCCAACCGAUAGUUGUCCAACAACUUCUCUUUUGGCUUAACGGGAGGAGAGGGUGUUCCACGAUAUCGUGUUUUGUAAUGAUGGUAUAGUACAUUUGUUCUUCGAUUCUACACCGGUGGAGAAACAUGCUGGGCAUGGACAUAGGGGGAGAAGUUUUAAGAAGUUCGCUUUCGUUUUAGAUUAGAAGGGAGGUUUUUGCUCUAGGAUGGGGGGGGGUUCCGUAUCUCGCAGGGCAACGGGGUGUUUAUGUGCUUUCG